AUGGAUCCAGCACAAGGUAUUUGUAUAAAAUGCCCAGACGAUUAUUGGCCAAAUAAAGAGAAUGAUUUCUGCAUUACAAAAUACGUUGAAUUCCUUUCCUAUGAGGACCCCCUGGGUACAGCACUGGCUGUGAUUGCUGUUGUUUUCUCACUCAUGCCUGUGGGGGUUUUGUGUAUCUUCAUCAAACAUCAUGAUACACCAGUUGUCAAAGCAAAUAACCGGGAAGUCAGCUACUUUCUCCUUAUAAGUAACCUGUUUUGUUUAUUGACUGCUUUAGUAUUUAUUGGUCCACCAAAGAAUGAAACUUGCAUUUUCAGACAACCAGCUUUUGGCAUAUUCUUUUCCAUCUGUGUUUCUGCUGUUCUUGCCAAGACUGUUACCGUAGUGAUUGCUUUUAAUGCAACAAAACCAGGAAGCCAGCUGAAGAACUUGGUUGGAUCAAAGACAUCAUUUUGUUCAAUAUUUUGUUGUUUUGUGUUUCAGUUUAUUAUAUGUAUUGUGUGGAUAUCUGUUUCUCCACCCUUCUCAGAGACUGACAAAAAGCUUUCAGAGAAAAUAGUGAUUCAGUGUAAUGAGGGUUCGGUAUUCAUGUUUUAUUGCAUGCUGGGAUAUUUAGGCAUAUUAGCAACUGUAAGCCUCAUAAUAGCUUUUCUUGCAAGAAACUUGCCAGAUAGCUUCAAUGAGACCAAAUUUAUCACAUUUAGCAUGAUUGUUUUUGUAAGCGUUUGGUUGACAUUUGUUCCAGCUUACAUUAGUACAAAGGGGAAAUAUAUGGUUGCUGUUGAGAUUUUUGCAAUUCUGUCAUCUAGCAUUGGAUUGCUACUUUGUAUAUUUUCACCAAAAUGCUAUAUUAUUCUAAUAAGACCAGAUAUGAACACUAGAGGAUACAUUUCAAGGCAGCAAAACACUAAUUAAACUACAAAGUAAAAAAUUGACUUCCAGAUUGCAAAAAGUCUGGCCAGAAUUAUGUUGGCAUGUUCUUCCAAAUCAACGUUUUCAAGUAGUUCUUCACUUAGUUCCGGCUAUGCUACAGAAAACAAGUUUUAAUAUUAUAAAAGAACUCAUAUAAAAUUCAUAUAGCUUUACAGGAAAGUGACAUUUGGAACAUAUGCAAUACUCUGAUUUAGUUUGAUAUACAAGUUUCCUUCCAACAUUACUCAAACACAUAAGCUGUAAUGACUUAAGAUUCAUUCUGAUACUACAGUGACCAUAAAGGGGCAUAUUAAUCAAAUCAUCAUGAAGUCAAGAAGAACAAGUGGGGCCAUAUUAAAGUGUAUCUAUCUCUAACAGGAACCCUUUCAUUAUGUUACUUUUUUUAUAUUUCUUGUUAGACCAGUAGUAGAAUAGGGAAACCAGGAAUGGAACUUAGUAAACAAAGAGGGUAGAUAUGGAAUGGAAAUUUUUCAGAGGAUGUCUACCAAAAGAAUUGUGGCUAUGAUGACAGCUUGUAAUAGUUCCUUUACCUGUGCCCAAUCAACCUUUUUGUUUCAGGGGACAGGAUCUAGGCAUUACUAGGAUAAAGAACACUCCUACUUUCCCAUUCGUUUCUGCCCAGAAAUUACAAUCAGCCCCCAUUGAUGAGAGUUGAGUGGUAAGGAGCAGGGUGACUUGCUAGUCCUGCAGGAUGUGUUACUGUCUCACUCAAGGAGCUUCCCCCUGUCCUCCUUGGCAACUCUCCAAAGCUCCACUACUGCUGUCUUCUGAGUGGAAGGAUAGCCCUAUACACCAAGCUUUUGAUUUACAAGUGCAAAUCCACUCAAACUGUGCAGUCUUGGUAAGCUCAAACUGUAGUAUAAGCCGGAACCAUCUCCUUCCCCCUAUAACAGGCAAGCCAACAGGAUCCCAUCCUUCCCAGCUAGUUCCUUCUUAUAACCGAGCCACUAAUGAAACCUCAGGUCUGCUGUACUAUAGUCAGGACAUUACUGUCAAUGCCACAGUGUUAGCUUAGAAAGACUGAGGUAUCUUGUCAAUACUCACCAUGCUACAUGUACCUAAAAUGAGGUUUGACUUUUGUUUGCAGCACAUUCAAAGAUGUUUUCAUGUUUGAACAUACAAGUUUAGAAAGGUUUGGUCCUUUAUUAAAUCAUAAAGUAGUUUAUUGGCCAACUCUUCAGAAAAUUGAAAUGGAAGAUGUUUCUUAAAUUAUUAUUAACAAAUGCAAUAAUGUGUUUUUGUCUUUAAAGCAAAUACAAG